AAGAGUGCAGUCGUGUCAGCUUUCUCUCGAAUAGCCACUCGCGCGGUGGUGUAAAGUAUCUGUGAUGAUUUAACGAUUCGAAUAAGACGAUUUUCGUAGUUAGAAAAAUUAUAGACAUUACGAUGAUUUGGUUAAUAUUUAGUGGUUUGUUUGUGACAGUUUUCGCUAAAAGUUUAUCAACUGUGGAUACCCCACCAAGAGGUUGUGAAUGGCAGAUGCAACUCAUUGAUGUCAAUGUAAGUGGAGAAGAACCUGUGCUUUAUUGUCAAAUUAGGACUAUCAAUAGUGUCGAAUUUUUAAUUAGGAACUUAACUCAAGCUGAAUCAGAUCGUGUAUCCGUAUUAAUGUUAGAGUGCAACGACGUUUUGUUUUUCGAAAGUUCUUUAGAGACCGCUCGACAAGGCAAUUUUUUAUCCUCUCUGAAACAACUUAGAGAUCUUAGAGUAGAAAACUGCAAAAUACGAAACAUACCAGCUGGAGCUUUUUCACAACUCAGACACCUGAAAAAACUUUCUUUGAGAUCACACAACUCAGAAUGGUCUGCUAUGAACUUAGAACUACAUCCUGAGAGUUUUCGAGGACUUUCAGAUGUAAGAAGCUUAGAUUUAGCUGAUAAUAACAUUUGGAGCACUCCAGAAGAAUUAUUUUGUCCGUUAUUUAACUUGAAACACCUCAAUCUAACUAAAAACAAACUUCAAAACGCGUCAGCUUUAGGAUUUUCCGACUGGGGCAACGGACCAUUAGCUCCAGGGAAAGCAUGUGUUAGCGGCUUAGAAAUUCUGGAUUUAUCUCACAACGACAUCAUAUCCUUGUCAGACAAUGGCUUUUCGGCUUUGCGAUCUUUGGAAGAACUUCAUUUAGAAAAUAACGCUAUAUCUACUCUGGGCGACCGAGCUUUUGUGGGCCUCACGGCUCUAAACUCCUUGAAUUUGUCAAGUAACUGCCUUGUUGCUUUACCACCAGAACUAUUUCAAAGCUCGAGAGAGUUAAGACAUCUUUAUUUACACAACAACUCGCUAAGUGUCCUAGCUCCGGGGCUUUUGGAAGGACUUGACCAACUUCAGGUCCUCGAUUUAUCAGAUAACGAACUCACAAGUCAUUGGGUUAAAAGAGACACUUUUGCAGGCCUGGUAAGAUUAGUCGUAUUAAAUUUAGCGAGCAACCAAUUAACCAAAAUCGACACAACUUUGUUUAGAGAUUUAUAUACGUUGCAAAUUUUGAAUCUAGAACACAAUAGCAUCAAUUCCAUUCAAGACGGUGCUUUUACAGAGUUGAAGAAUUUGCAUGGUCUCAUACUGAGCCAUAAUCGUUUAGUUCGCAUUGAAAACUACCAUUUUUCCGGUAUGUACGCUUUAAACCAACUCUUGUUAGAUUCGAAUGAAAUAGAACACAUUCAUCCUAAAGCUUUUGAAAACGUGACGAAUCUUCAGGACUUGGGUUUGAACGGAAACAUUCUCGGUACAGUGCCGCCCGGUAUAGGACAGUUACGCUUCUUAAGAACGCUAGAUUUAGGUAAGAACCAUAUCAAAUCAGUGACUAAUGCCUCUUUCGAAGGACUGGAGAUGCUGUAUGGCCUGAGAUUAGUCGACAACCACAUCGUGAACAUUUCUCGAGAUGCGUUUUCUACACUGCCGUCGUUACAGGUACUGAAUUUAGCUUCUAAUAAAAUAAAAUACGUCGAACAGAGUGCUUUUUCAAGUAAUCCAACACUUAAAGCCAUUCGUUUAGAUUCCAACGAACUCACUGACAUAAGUGGUGUAUUUACGAAUUUAAAAACUCUCGUUUGGUUGAAUGUUUCAUCGAAUAAACUACUCUGGUUCGAUUUUAGCCAUUUACCUGUCAGUUUAGAGUGGCUGGACAUGCACGACAACCAAGUUCCCGAGCUAGCGAAUUAUUACGACGUUAGAAACAACUUAAAAAUCAAAAUGUUGGAUGCUAGUUACAACUUAAUAACAGAAGUUAAGGGAAAUUCUGUGCCUGACAGUGUAGAGACUCUCUUUUUAAACAACAAUAAGAUCACGAAAGUACAUGCAAACACGUUCAACGAGAAAAAAGCUUUGGAAAAAGUGGUUUUGUACGGAAACGAAAUAAAAUUUCUCGAUUUGGCAGCGCUGAGCCUCAGUCCUGUUACUAACGAGAAAGAUUUGCCGCAGUUUUAUAUCGGCGACAAUCCUUUUUAUUGCGAUUGUAAGAUGGAAUGGCUUCUAAGAAUCAAUCAUCUCAGUAAUUUAAGACAGUACCCUCAAGUAUUGGAUUUGGAUUCUGUGACUUGCGAGCUCGCCCACUCCAGAGGCGCGCCUCCUCAACCGCUACUAAGUUUAAAACCAUCAAACUUUUUGUGUCCGUAUGACGCACAUUGCUUUCCCGUGUGCCAUUGUUGUGAUUUCGAUGCUUGUGAUUGUGAAAUGACUUGUCCUGAUAGGUGUACCUGCUAUCACGACCACACGUGGACUUCGAACGUCGUCGAUUGUAGCAACGCGGGGUAUAACAACGUCCCCGAAAAAAUUCCGAUGGACGCUACUGAGAUCUACCUGGACGGUAACGACCUAGGCGAGCUAGGUAGUCACGUUUUCAUCGGAAAGAAAAAACUCGAAGUUUUGUUUUUAAAUAACAGUAACGUGAAGGCUUUACACAAUAGGACUUUUAACGGGGCGAAUUCUUUAAAAAUCCUUCACAUGGAAAAUAAUAAACUGGAGGAAUUGCGCGGUUUCGAAUUCGAUCAAUUGGAAAAUAUCAACGAGCUUUACUUAGACCACAACGAGAUUAGUUACGUCAAUAAUAAUACGUUUAAGAACAUGCAUAAUCUUGAAGUUCUUAAGUUGGACGAGAAUAAGAUCGUGGAUUUUGUCCCGUGGAAGUUGCCUGAUUCUGAAGCGAGCGUUUCCAAUCCACGUGUUACUCUCGACGGCAACAAGUGGUCCUGCGAUUGCAAUACUCUCAACCGGCUCGUGGCCUGGAUUCGGGAGACAGGUGGCAAUCCCGCGAAAAUGUUCUGUGCGGAUAUGGACAACUCUGAAACCGUCGCCGACGUGAUUCACCGCUGCGAGGACAUGGAUAAUGCCAUCGCGACUUCAGUUAUUCAGCGCGAAGUGAUAAAAAGUCACCAACUCUUCGGGGGUGGCAGCUAUGUACCUCUUUUAGCCGCCACUCUCGUGGCUGUUAUCGUGGUGUGUUUGCUGGUCGCGAUUAUGUUUGUUUUUCGGCAAGAAGUUAGACUUUGGGCCCAUUCGAAGUAUGGUGUGAGGAUUUUUCAAGAUGUGAAUGCGGGGUUGGAUGGAGGAGACGACAGGGAUAGGCUGUAUGACUGCUAUAUGGUGUAUAGCCACAAAGACGAGGAUAUGGCUGCGAGAGUGAUUGCGCCUGAGCUGGAGCAACUGGGACACACGUUGUGUUUGCAUUACAGAGACCUCCAUUUGAUGGGUGGCGCCUCAUACCUCGCAGACGCCAUGGUGGGUGCAGCUGACGCUUCCAGAAGAGUAGUCUUCGUAGUAUCGCCUCUGCUUAUCUGCAACGAAUGGUCCAGACCAGAAUUUAGAGCCGCUUUACAAACAGCUCUCAGAACGACCUAUCGCCAAAAACUCAUCUGCAUCCUCAGCGGCGACCCCCUGGAACCCAUGGAUCCUGAACUGAGAGCUCUUCUAAGAGCUUGCACGGUGACCAGAUGGGGAGAGCGCCGUUUCUGGGAGAAAUUAAGAUACGCAAUGCCUGACGUUAUCAACAACUCCACCGCCAGGAGAAACAAGAAGCCUCCAGAGAUCAGGUGUAAGCCUCCCACUCGCUACACUCCAGCUCCCACAGCCCAUGACUCUUGGUGCAAGUACCAACCCAUGCCGGGAGUCCACGCUGUUGCUUUAACCCCGACUCCAACCCAAAGUACUUACGUGUCUGGCGAGUCUGCGCGGAGUACCGAGGAUGAAGCGGGUUCUAGUUCUAGUAGUCAACACUAUGGUUCCGAGCAACUGAACCAUAGCUAUGUGUCAAUUGAUGGGCGGCCUCCUCAGUACAGUCAGUACCCGCCCUGCAGGAACGAAGUACCACACCAUGUCUAUUCAACGAUUCCGGACGCUCCGUCCCAGACCAGGACGUACUUUGUUUAAUUUGAGAGAUAGAUAAUAUUUCAAUUAUUGGGUUUGUCGGAUUGGGAUUGCCAAGGUCGUUAAAUUAUAACAUAAAGCUUGAUUUUUUUUCAUAUCUACAUUAUAUAUCACAAUAUUCACUUUUUGAUUGAGAAUUUAGAAGUCAGUUAUUCUCAUAAAGCAUUUUAAGAAUUACAGGCGGAUAAUUUGGGUAUGUGAAAUGAAUUUCGACUCGAUUCAAGUUCUCUGUUUAACCCAGGUCUGACAAUACCAAAAGGUACCGUUAGAAAAAUAUUCCAAUUUACGGUUCAGAGAACCCGUAUGAAUCGAGUCUGUGUACUCUAAUACAGAGUAUUGCAUGGUACCUAACGGUACCUUUUGGUAUUGUCAUACCUGGGUUCAACAGAGAACUUGAAUCGAGUCGAAAUUCAUUUCACUUAUUCCCCGUUAGAGGGCGUUCUAUCCAUACUGCGAUAUAAAUAGUUUUAAUUUAUAUCGAGAAACUACGGUCGUGUUGGUGUAAAUUUGUCUUCCUCAAAGCCUCCUUGACAACAGGUAGACCUAGAAAUAGUACUAUCGUAGGAUGGAGGGAGACAGAUUUAAAUCAAAACGAAACCGUGGAUUUUCUUAUUUUGGAUAAUUUUUGGAUAUUCUUUUAAUUUGUGCAGUACAUAUCUAUACCUGUAAAUUUUCAACAGGAAAUUAUAAUACUUAUACAAAUAUACAUAGUCGAAGCAUCAUAGUAUACUUACAGAUUCUGUACCUACUUAUUAUUUUUGGAUAGCCUCUUCCUCGUUCCAGUUGUUGAGUUGACCAUACAUCUUGACUUUCAAAGGAGUCAUCUAGCAUCUUCGAUUUUCCUAUAGUGACAUAAUAUAUAUCUAUAUGCAUAUAUGUGUAUUCCAGGAAAGCCUUAUAUCCAUUAUGGAGCUUCUAUUAUUACACUUAUCCAUUUUUAUCUGAUCGAAUUGUAAAAAGGCCUAUCUGAUAGUUAAGGCGUCAGAGAACAAUUAUUAUGCUUCUUCUUCUUGCGAUUAAAGUAGAAGUCAGCAAAUCGUCCAGUAUUUCUCCUGUUUCAUCUUCUUAAUGUGCCUGCCUAUCCAUGACGAAUGUUGACGAUCAUCAUGGCAAACUUUAUCUUACCCGUAGCAGUACGAAAAGUAGAUGUUGUCGUGAACCAGCUUCUGAGGUUUUAUUAACCAGCAUGAACUUCUUCUUCCUGGACCUCGCUUUCUAAAUAUUUUUCUUUGCAGAAUGGCUUGCGGGACGGCAUAGCUGGAUUCAUUUUGCAUAAUGCGCCCGAAGAUUUGAUGGUGGUCAGUACCUCUCAAUUCUUCUUCAUUCUUCUGAUGACCUCAUUUGUGACCCGUUCAGUCCAUGGGAUUUUAAAUAUAUUUUAUUAUUACUCUACAAUUGAAGACCACAUCUUCGGUAGAUUCUUCCUCAUUCUCGCAGAAUGUCUAUGUUGCUCUCUAUUCUUCUCUUCUUUAGAUGCCGUAUUCAGACUUUGGCCGUCAUGACGUUUACAAUUUUAUGAAACCAUUUUUUAUAGACUGCUGUGCGCAAUAAUUCUUCUACUGUGGAACCACACUAUUGCCUAUUAUCCAAUAUUAUGCAGCCAUGGAAGUUUCAUUAGAACAAUACAUUUUUUCCCUCCAUCUUUCCUAGUAUAAGGCAACGUAGAUGGUAUUUUGGGUAUUUUAAUUAUAUGGUCAAAGUAUUCAGUUUUUCUCCUCUUUGUCUAAAUCUUUUGUCUAUGAUGUUGCUUUGUCUAUUUUGCCCAUUUUACAGAAAUUAUAUCUGAGUGGCAGUCUUAAAUAAUAACACAUGUUAUUUCAGUUUUUCGAAGUUCCAAAAGUAUUGGUGCAUACAGAGCAACUUAUCUGUAGUGUGUCAUGAUUGGUUAAAAAUAUGGCUUUGACAACCUUUUAUAAUGGGAUCAUCUUAGGUUUCUAACAUAAUAUUGUAUCAGAAACUCUUAUAUAAGGUUCAAGAAGCCUUAUUGGUUUAAGGGUAGCAUUUUUUCUAUUAGAUAGUAAAACAGGUAUUGUUUUGAUAGGAUUUACUGAAGGUUUAAAAUAAGAAGAACUCUGUAGCUCUAGGUUUAACCUUGUUCUUGUAAUUUAAUGAAGUUUCUAAAUAUUAGUGGUUUUUAAAAACACUAAUCUAAAGAGUAUAAUUCAUAAUUCAUCUAUAAUAAGAGUAUAAAUCUAAAGAAUAAUAAUUCAUGUUGUGUUUUUCAUUAUCAUUUAAACGAAUAUAGAAAUGGCAAAUACAAGAAUAACUAAUAUACCCGUACCAACUAUCUAAGAGACUCAAUUAUUAUUCAGCGCAGCGGGGUGCUAUUGUGUGAGGUGUGAAAUGAGAUAAACAAGGAAUCAUUUCAGAAAACAGAUAGAUCCCUUGUUUAUGGAUUUCCAUACCUCAAACAAAAGCACCCUGCUGAGCUGAAUAUUAAUGAGUCUUAUAGAUAGGUGGUACUACUUUACGUACUUUUUUUACGAUUGCUCUAGUAACGGGACAGUUACUUUUGCCACAUCGUUCCAA